AUGUCGUCGGUUUCAUUUCUCGUCGAUGAUAAAUCUCCUCUGAUACACUAUGAUCUUACCUGGGCUCCAGGGAACUCUGGAGACGACCCUUUAGCAGACCAAUACUUCCGCGGGACGUUCCAGACGUCGAACGUAACAGGGAGUGUCGCCACAUUCUCCUUCAACGGCACGGCCUUCUGGAUAUACGGUGCUAAAAGGACGAAUCAUGGUACAUACACCGUAACGGUUGACGGUGCAAAUUUUGCGGGAAACACUGGCCAAUCCAAUGUCAACUUGUUUCAACAAGUGCUCUUCAACCAAAGUGGCUUGACACAAGAGUUACAUACGGUAUCGAUUACAAACACUGCCACCGGGAACCUCUACGUUGAUAUCGACAUGGUGACCUGGAAGACCGAAUUCAGCGGGACCCAGCUAAUAACGGAGGCGGUCGAUGACGCAGACCCCAGAUUUCAGUACCAGGAGCCAGCAUGGAAUACGAACCCCACUGGUGUGAACCUGUUCAAUAAUGGGACUGGGCACUCCACGAGUGUUAGUGGUGCCAGUGUGACCUUAACAUUCACAGUGAGUGCUGAGAGCCAAAACAUAUUCGGGACUGUAGGCCCUGGCAACAGUCUGUAUACCGUUUCUCUCGACUCUCAACAAGCCGUCCAGUACAAUGCCACUGCAUAUUUGACUUUCUACGAAGUCAUGCUUUAUCAUGCAGACAAUCUCGGCUCUGGUCAGCAUCAGCUGACCCUCAUUAACCUUCCUGAAAUAAACGGACAAACACUCAACAUAGACUACGCACUGCUCACAUCAAGGUGA